UUCACUUCGGUCAACUUGGUCUACUCAUUGUCCCUUUCAAUUCUUAUUCAACCAUUCUCCUUCCAACUCAACUUCUCUCCUUACACCUCUCACAGAAAAUCUCUCUCCCUCUCUCUCUCUCUCUCAAAGUACCUGUACUGUAACCUCUCCCCGCAUCAUAGCUUCUGACUUUUGAGACUUUUUAUUGGUUUUCCAUUGAUGGGGUGCUGAAAUUUCCUUUCUGCAUCAUGGGUUUUACUAAAUAUGGAUUCUUGUGAGGUGGGUUGGUGUGUGCUAAAUUUGGGUUGGCUUCAAUUUGGAGUGAGGUAAAAAUGGCUACCCUUCUAAGGAAGUUGAAGGCUUCUGUGCCUCCUACUGUUACUGUGGAAAGUGAAGACAGCAUUAGCAGCUAUGAGUACUCUUUUGCCUUGGUGUACAAUGGCCCUCCUCUCAGUUACUCCAUCCCUGAAGUCCCUGCUUUCAAAAUUGACCAAAUCCCAAUUGCAGCUAUAGCUCCUGUUUCUGAUGAUUUCUCUGUCCCAGUUAUCCAACCACUUGGUAAACCUCAUUAUAGAAAGAAGCAAAGACACAAACUUUUAUCACCAGAUUCUUCCCUGUCUCCAAAUUUGGACUCUCAUGCAUCAAACAGUGAUGCUGAUGAUGUGCUUGAGUGCAAGGGUACUUUGGGAUCACCUGGAGUUGAUGAUGACAGAGAUAUCAGAGAGUUUCACAGUGGAACGACUCUGGUUCCUAAAAACUCUGAUACCACAGAAUCAGAAUCAGAUUCAAGCUCUUGUUUUGGUUCUUUUGAGAUUUGCUCAUUCAGAGAAGAUGAGCCAAAGGUAGAAACUCCAAGAACAAGACAUGCUAAGCGUCCUUCUGCGGUGACAUUUCGUGAUCCUGAGUCAAAUGACAUGUUAGAAGCCAGUAGUCAGGAGUAUUUUAGUUCUCAGAUUGGAAGUACUAGUAUUUUCCCUGUGAAGCCACAUGCUGUGAGACCAGGGAAGAAAGGCACUUGCUAUAGGUGCCUUGAAGGGAAUCGUCUCAUGUCGAAGGAGGUUUGCAUUGUGUGCAGUGCAAAGUAUUGCCGCGGCUGCGUGAUAAGGGCAAUGGGGUCCAUGCCUCAGGGAAGGAAAUGUGUUACUUGCAUCGGUUAUGGGAUUGAUGAGGAAAAGAGGGGGAAGCUGGGCAAAUGUUCUUGGUUGCUGAAGCAGUUACUUUCUGAGUUUGUGGUUGCUCAAGUCAUGCUUGAUGAAAGGUCUUGUGAAGUAAAUCAAAUACCACCAGAGCUUGUUGUAGUGAACUCACAACCACUUGAUAGGGAACAACUCAUGUUGCUCCUUAACUGCUCAAACCCACCAAAGCAAUUAAAACCAGGAUUCUAUUGGUAUGAUAAAUCAAUUGGAUUUUGGGGAAAGGAAGGUCAACCCCCUUGUGAAGUUAUCAGCCCCCAGCUAGAUGUCGGGGGUCGCAUGCAGAAAACUGCAAGCAAUGGAAACACAAAUGUUACUAUUAAUGAUCGCGAGAUUACUAAAAAGGAGCUUGUGAUACUUAAGAUAGCAGAAGUGCCCUGUGAAGGAACGCCCAACUUUUGGGUGAGUGCUGAUGGGUCAUACCGGGAAGAGGGGCAGAAGAAAGACCGGGGGCGUAUAUGGGAUAAGCGGCGAACAAAGUUUGUUUCUGCAAUUCUAUCUUUGCCAGUUCCUUCAAUUGUUACUCUUUCUGAUGAAGGUGAAAUAGCCAAGAUACAGAGCCUUCAAAAGAAAACACUUCACAAAUUUCUACUUGUUGGUUCUGUCAAUUCAGGAGCAUGUACUAUAUUUAAACAGGCCAAGAUUCUUUAUAAUUGUCCAUUCUCUGAAAAUGAGCUCCAAAAUAUCAAGUUGGUGAUCCAAUGCAACCUGUUUACCUACCUCGGUAUACUGCUGGAAGGGCGUGAAAAAUUUGAAGAAGAGUGUUUGCUGGAGAAUAAAGAAGGAUUGCCUCAUAAUGAAACCUCUUCAUCUGGGAAUACCGGUGAUAAUGUUGCCACAACACUCUAUACCAUUGGCUCAAGACUGAAAGGUUUCUCAGAUUGGCUACUAAAAUACAUGGUGUUAGGGAACUUGGAUGCAGUAUUUCCAGCUGCUAUACGCGAAUAUGGACCACUGGUUGAGGGUUUAUGGAGGGAUGAGGCGAUUCAGGCGACAUAUAACAGGAGAAAUGAACUAACGAUGCUACCAAGAAGUGCUAACUAUUUUCUAGACCGGGCUGUUGAAAUUUCCAAGAUUGACUAUGAACCCUCUGAUAUGGACAUCUUGUAUGCUGAGGGGUUAUCCUUAUCCAACAGCCUCACUUCAAUGGAAUUUUCAUUUCCCAAGUUAAGGAGUGAGGAGUCUUUGUAUCCUGAGUAUCAACAUGAAUCUUCUCUCAGAUACCAACUGAUCAGAGUGCAUCCUAAAAGCCUUGGAGAAAACUGCAAGUGGUUGGAGAUGUUUGAAGACACAGAUGUUGUAUUGUUUUCUGUAGCCUUAACUGACUAUGAUGAGUACAUUGUAGACAAUAAAGGAGUUGCUACCAACAAAAUGAUGGUAGCUAAGCAUCUCUUUGAAAACAUCAUUGCUCAUCAAACCUGCCGCAACAAAAAAUUUCUGUUAAUACUUACAAAAUUGGACCUGCUUGAGGAAAAGAUUGAACUGGUUCCCCUUACAAGAUGUGAAUGGUUUUGUGACUUCAACCCGGUUAUCAGUCACAAUCACAAGAAAGGUGGUAACAAUGGCAAUAGCCCUCCGUUAGCUCAAAGUGCUUUUCAAUAUAUUGCUGUGAAGUUCAGGAGAUUGUUUCGUUCUCUCACGGACCGAAAGCUGUUUGUUUCACUGGUUACUGGGUUGGAACGUGACACCAUUGAUGAGGCUUUCAGAUAUGGCAGGGAAGUUAUGGAGUGGGAAAAAUGGGAUCCCUCUCUUGUAACAGAGAAGUCAGAGAUUACUUCAACAAGCAUUGAUGAGGCAAGCUCCUCGUGAAGUUUCCUCCAAAAUACUUGUUGCAUAACAAAACAUAGUUUUGUAAACAGCUUAGAAAAGGAUAAACAACUGAAAACUAAGAUGGGGUAUGUUCUGUCCUAAGGUAAGCUUAGGUAAGAAGAGGAAGGAAAAACAAACCCUAGCAGAGCACUAAAAUAGUCAAGAUGUAAUAAAAAGGGUAUAUUCUCAUUAAUUGUUCAAAAGUCUCUAGUACAAGGUGAUGACCUUCCCUUUUAUAGAGGAUAUGAUCAUGAUAUGGACUUUUCCUACAUUUGGGCCUGAUAACUAGGGCCCAAAUCCCUAUGCAUAUAACACAAAUCCAAAAGAAUCUUCUAGCUGGCCCCAAAGGAGAGGGCGAGAAUCCUCGGUGUUUCACCAGUUCCCGCCAUGUCUUCCUUCGUCCGGCUGACUGCUUGUUUCGGGCGGGCAUGGGGGUCUUUAUACCCCGCCCGGUCCACAUGCCCCCAAAACAUGAGGCUCAGGUAAGUUGAGUCGAAAUGUCUUCAAUAUGCUAUUUUCUCGCCUGCCUUCACUAUUCACCGAGUGAUUUUUGGUGAAGUUAUUUGUGAA